CUUGUCGCUUCAGACUCUGUUUUUAGCCCUGACAGUAAACAGCUCAAACUGUUACAGCUGUCUUGUUCACCAUUUAUUCUCGCGAAUAUUAAGAUUCUUGAGUCUCUUUUUACUAAGAGUCCUUGCGAAACCGUUGAUUACCUCACAUACUUGAAAUUUUUGGCUAUAAAAGGCACUCGUUUUCAAACCAAGGCCAUCCUUGCAUUUGAUCAAGAUUACUGUGCCACGAAAGCGCAGGAUAAUUUUAGAUGCGGCACCAAUUUAGAUGACGUCAGUGCACAGUAUUUGGAUUCCGCCAUGGCACAGUGCCCUCCCCGAAACGAAAGUCGAGGGGAUAGCUGCUGGUCAGGAAAUGAAGAAUUCUGUUUUUGCUGGAUUUUUAACCCAACUGGUUGCCCAAAUCCACAGUCGUGUCGUUACAAGCACGUUUGUAUUUACUGUUCCUCUACUCAGCAUAAGGGCAAGAGUUGUUCAGGUUCCGCAAAUGCUGAGAAAAGCAAAAUAUGAACCGAUUUUUUAGAACAGUCCCUGCUCAAGGAAAAUGUUCUGUCAGCACCCUUCGCGCAUCCUACUUCAACAAAUUUUUCUAUAACCCCGCUUGAGGAUUACCCUUUACGUUUCCAUGCUUGCGAUAAGGAACUUUCUGAUGACCCCGAUAGAAUUGUUAUCCUCGACGGUUUGCGUUUUGGUUUUAAGCUUAUUCUAGAGUCUGACCCUUCUUGUAUCGUUGCCUACGAAUCCGACAAUUACUCUAGUGCUACCUGCCCAGAGUUUAAACUGGAAAUGGAUAGUUUAUUCAUAAAAGAACUCGCCUCGCGCAUCUCUAUGGGUCAAACUAAACCGCAUUGCAUUCACCCUAUCGGCCGUGUACCAAAAAAGGACUUAGGAAAAUUCCGCCCAAUUACUGACUGCAGUCAUCCGCAAGGUAUUUCUUUGAAUGAUCAUAUUAAGCGUGACUUAGUGUCCUUUCGCAUGAAU